AUGGCGACGUGCGUUGUAGUUUUUGUUGAUUAAACUACAAUAAAUACUUUCUAUAGUUUCAUGUUAUUUUAGCUGUCGAUAUUGGUAAACAUUUUAUCACUUGAGGUACCUGUCCGUAAACCUGACUGUAUCGUUAACAUCAAAGCUCCAAUCAUGAAAAAUUAGCCUUUUCCUGCACGAUAACACCCGUCAAAAAGCAGGACGAGGGCAAGCGAGCAGACGAGAUGAGCGUGGCCGUCUGCUUCGUGUGCGGUGGCCAGGGCGCGCAGUACUUGCUGCACGCGAGCGUGAGGGAGCGCGGCGCCUACUUCCCAUUCCUCGAGCAGCAUGAGCCCCCGCGCGGCGCGUUGCCGCCGUCGUCGGACGGAAUCGUGCGCGCGUGCUCGCUCUGCUACUCCUUCCUCAACCAGCAGUGGGAGACGUACGAGCGCAACCGGACGCCGCACCGCAAGCGCCUCUACUGGCUGAAGCGCAACGACAGCAUGCCGUUCAUAGGUGCAGAGCUGCAGCAGCAGGGCGAGUACAUGUCGCACGUACUCGGUCUCCACAGCUACGAGACGGGCGUGCCGCCGCCGCCGCCGCCGCCGCCGCGACCGGACCACUCCUCCAGACUCGCCGCCGACCUUCACCUGAAGGGCGGGGCGCCGACGCGCGACGCGAUGAUGCGCCACGACGCCGGGCAGCGCCGCGGCGAGCGGUCAGCGCGCCCCGAGGCGACGAGCGCGAGGGGGGACGCCGCGCGGCGACCCGGGUCUGCGCAGCGGCCCGACGCGUCGUCCCGGCCCCCGCGUGCGGGCGCGCCGCCGCGCGGUGACGGCGCGCAGAACGUGCGGCCGGACAACUGGAAGCUGCGACUCGCGCAGGAGGAGGUGCGCACGCGCGAGAUGACGCAGACGAUGCUCGCCGGCGUCAGCAACGGCGCGCUCGACCUGACGAUGCCGUCGCGCUCGCCGAGCCACGUCGUCUGCUACGUGUGCGGCGCCGAGCAGGCGCGUGGGUCGGCGCGCGAGGUGCACGCGGUGGCGCGCGACGCCGCCUUGCAGGCGCCCUUCUUCCCCGCGCUGCUCGAGCACAAGCGUCCCGCGAAGGCGCAGCCGGUGAGCGACGGCGGCGGCGUGCUGACGUGCGCGCCGUGCCACGACUUCCUCGGCCAGCAGUGGCAGUUCUACCAGCAGCACCAGGUGCCGCAGCACCAGCGCAACGGGGAGCACACAUCGGCGUCCACCUGCUUCCUGUACUGCCGCAAGCAGAGCGAGGGACACGCCUACUUCCCGUUCCUCGAGACGGUCGCGCCGGCGAAGGGGGCGCUGCCGCUCACGCCCGAGGGACUGGCGCGCGUCUGCCAGCACUGCCACAAGGUGCUCUCGAAGCAGUGGAAGGAGUUUGAGGUGAAGGGCGUCGAGCAGAGCAAGCGCGCCUACAGUCACCCGACGCUGCCCGUGAUGCUUCCGAACGUGCCAACCGCCGACGCGCAGCGCCCCACCAACCCGCUUCCAAACACUCCGCGCGAGUCGAGCGGCGCUCUUCGCAGCGCGGACGCCGCGGCGGCGGCGAGAGCGGGCGUGAAGAGCGCGCUGCCAGGCGGCCACGCGGACGCCGCGAGCGAGGUGUGCUGCUACCUGUGCGCGCAGCGGUGCGCGUCGAGCAGCGUGCGCUUCGUACACACGAAGCCCGGCGCGUCGCACCGCAUGCACUUUGCGUUCGUCGGCGCGCUGCCGCGGCCGCCCGGCGCGCUCGAGGUGGACGCGGACGAGCGCGCGGCGACGUGCCACGACUGCUACAAGCACCUGCGCGCGCAGUGGCAGGUGUACGAGAGCGCCAUGGCGCCGCAUGCGCUGCGCACCUAUCGGCUGCGUCGCCCGAGCGCGCAGCCGCCGGCGGCGGCGGCGGCCGACGACAAGCCGACGGCGGCUCUCCACAUCGAGGUGCCGGCGGUGAGCGGCGGUGGCGCCAUCUCGAGUCGCGCGCCCGUCGCGGGCUUACUCAUGACCGUCGAUUCGAAGCAGCUCCCUCUGGCGGGCGCGACGGGCACCUCGUCGGAUGCGGGCAAGGCGAAAAGCAACGUGCAGCAGGCCGUGUGGGAUGGGGAGCAUUCGAGUAGCCCGGCCGCCGGCGGCGGCGGCGGAUGCGGGCCGCAGCAGAAGAUCUGUUACGUGUGCGCUGAGGUGGGCGAGCUCUCCAAGUGCAUGAUGAUGCUGACGCGCGCGAACGCCGCGCAGCCCUCGCUGCCCUUCUUCCCGAUCCUCGCGAGCCUCGAGCCGCCAGAGGGCGCCGACGCGAUGGGCGCCGACGGCGGCGUGCUGGCGUGCCGCUUCUGCUGCUUCCACCUGCUGGAGCAGUGGAAGCUGUACGAGAUGUCGCCGACGCAGCACGCGCAGCAGCGCGCCUACAACAUGGCGCGCUUCGUCUGCUACAUCUGCGGCAUGGCGACGCGGCGGCGGCGGCUGCGCGUGCUCUCGCUGCGCAAGUUCACGUCGCUCGUGACGCGGCCGCGGCCCCCGGGCAGCGUCGUGCUGGACGGCGGCGACAGCAUCGUCUCCUGCCUCAUGUGCUACGAGACGCUGUGCAACCAGUGGCACGAGUACGAGCAGAUGGGCGUGCCGAACAAGCUGCGCCGCUACAACUGGCUCGCGGCGCCGCCGCCCCCCGUCGACGAGGACCCGCUGGAGGCAAACCGCGCGCCUGCACGUUCACCGGGGUCACACUCAAAUGAGAAUACAACUGUAGAUCGGCAGACUGGUAGCAAAAGUGUGGUGAUUCUGGAAGACAGCGAUACUGAGGUGGACAUGGGGGGAGACGGGACAGACACCACCGGAGCAGACGAUGGAGGACCACCUAAUAACAAGGCAGCUUCGCUAGCGAUGAUGAGCGCCCCCCAGCGGCCAACACGUACAACAGCGACAGUGCCACCACUAAGCCAGGGCUCUCCCAGCUGUGUGACGGCUGUCAGUAACAACUCAGCGAUCAACGCAACACGUACCUCUAGCUUUGCUGCAGCUCUAAGGAAGCUGGCAAAGCAAGCUAUAGAUCCAGCAGAUUUAGAGCAAGGAGCUAUUGCCCCGGCUGCGCACCAGGGAUCAGUGUCACCCAGGCGUGCGGUGCCACCACCCCUCAUAGGGUCGAACAGUCAGUCGGCCAUGAUCCACACUCCACCAGUCGUCACGAUCGCACCGACUCAGUCUCACAACACGGAAUCAAGAAAGAGUAUGGAGAGGUUGGGAUCGACAGUGAACAUGACAGCGAACCCUGCCGAACACAAGUUCGACAUUUCCAGCCGCUCGCUGGCGUACGGAGACAGACGAGAAGAUGCGAGGCCCCCUAGUGGUGAGGCAGACAGACUCAGAACGUCACAUUCGCGUAGCAGCAUGGAGUCGGCAAGGGGCUUCCAGCCCUACAGACCUGGCGAAGAGAUCCGACCUCCCCUGCCCCCACAGAUGGGCUUCGACCCUGCCCUGUAUCCGUACCACCCUGCCUAUCUGCCACCACCACAUUCUGCAUAUGGUCAUCCUGCGUUCAGGCUUGACGAUCCGCUGUACAUGGAGAGAUAUGCUAACAUGCUGAGGUCGCCGUUCUUUUCGCUGUCGGCGAGCCCUGCAGGAAUGCUCCCCCAUCCCGCCCUGCACCAGGCCAUGCUGUCUGGUAGAUACCCCGCAGAGCUGAUCUCUCAGUCAUUGUCACUUACCUCGCCCGGUGCGAGACUGCCAUCCACGUCCAGUAGCGAAAGGCUGAAGCUGGAGGAGGAGCAGCAGCAGCAGCGGAUGCGGGAGCUGGAGGCGCGUGAGCGGGAGCUGGAGCGCGAGCGACAGGCCGAGGUCGAGCGUGCGCGCGACCGCGAGCUCGAGCGUCGCACCGAGGACCGCGGCGGCGGCGGCGGCGGCUCGGUCGUCAUCCGCGACCAGCGCGGCGACUACAUCCGCGCGUCGGCGUCGCGCUACUCGCCGGCGAAGCACGGCAGCGGCGGCGGCGGCGGGUUCACGCCGCAGGACGCGUUCUACACGGAGCGCAACCGCGUGCAGAGCAUGGGCAUCUUCAUCCCUCAGGACCCGCUCGCAGCAAAGUCGUCGUCGUCGGCGUCGUCCGGGGAGCACGGCCGACAUCGGCAGCCGCCUGCCGACUACAGGCAGUCGCUCGACGUCAAGCAUCGGUCGGCCGCGCACCUGCUGCACAUGUCAAAGUCGCAGGAUCUGAUGGCUGCCCACCGUCUUUCACAGGAGAGAGAGCCGAUGUCUCUUGACUUGAGUCGGAAACGUCCAGAGCGGGAUGAGCGCGAGCCGCACGAUCGACGCGAGCAUCACCGCGACUCGUCGCACCACGUGACGUCGAUCCUCUCGCGGCCCCACCACCCGCCCUCCUCCUCGUCAGCCGCCGCCGCGCUGCUGCACUCAGACCGGCACAUGGUGAACGGCGGCGCGGAGUCGGAGAGGCGUGGCGACGGAUACGCCGAGCGGCCGCGCGCGACGCAGGACCGGCCGUCGAUCAUCUCAGAGCUGCGGCGCGCGCCGGACCACGCCGGCACCGGCCCGCGCAGCGCGAAACACAAGCACCAGGGGCCGCCAGGGGUCGCCGCUGCCGCUGCUGCCGCCGCAGCGCACCUGCUGCUGCAGAGACAGUGUGAGAGGGCGGGGUACGGCGGCGCAGCGGCGGCGGCGCAGUACAACGGCGUGGUGGCGCGCAAGCCGUCGCCGGAGAAGCUUGAGCAGCCGGCUUCGCUGCAGACGAGCGGCGGCGGCCGUGGCGGCGCGCGCGGCGUCAUCGCUAGCAGGCCCGAGAAGAGCAAGCUGGAUUACGAGAUUGAGCGCAUCAAGGAGGCGCGCAUGAAGUCGAUGUAUCGCAGCGACGGGGAGGAGAGCGACGAGGAGGAGGCGAAGGAGGAGCGGAAGAGGAUGCGGCUGCUGACGAUCGCACACGGACCGCCGCUGCAGUACGACGGCUCAACCAGAAAGGUGAGCUUCUUGAGUAACCUGGGGCUCGGCACGCAGGCUGAUAAGGACGAGAUGGAGACGACGAAGCGGAGGAAGCGGCGGCGGCUGUUCCGCGAGCAGAGCACGAGUCCCGACGACGUGCAGGUGGCGCCACCGGCAACGUCGCCCAUGCUCUACACGCGCUACCACCCGGACGACCUGAAUCGCGAGCGAGACUACACGGAGAAGACAAGGUUCCUCUCCAGCCUGGCCCUAGAGAUCGUCACGCUGCCGCGUCGCAAGGAAAUGGAGCAUGUGCGACGAACUCUCAUGGAGAACCAGCAGCAAAGGGCAGCAAAGCGACUGGGGAUUAAGGCAGCAGCCGCCACCUUAUCUAGUUCAAUGACGGGCGGCACUCAACGGCAGACUGGACCAGACUCUCAACAGGUAGCAUCCCUUAAGCGCGAUGCUCCGGACGAGCCAGGCACUCAUGGCCAUGGACAUCUAAAUGCCAAGCGGCAGCAUGUGUCCUCUGUUGAAGUCCAAAAGUCCCACAGCCUGCCGCCGCAGUCACAACCGCAGCAGUAUUGCCGACCGGCCGGGACCGAGUCUCGGCAGUUAUGGACUUCGCCUGGUUCUGACCUUAGAGGGCAGCACCGGCUUAGUCAGGACUUUGCUCAUGAGUUUCACGAGUCAGUGUUGCAGUCCACUAAACAGGCUCUUGCUCAGAAACAAGCAUCAAGCCACAAGAGUUUCCUGGCAGGAGGGGGCAGCAAUGGGGGAGACACGGUGCAGACGUCACAUAGAGCCACAGAGGAGAAGCCUGCCCUGGCUCAUAAAGGUCAUCAUCACCACCACCAUCACCACCACAGACACCAGCAUUUACAUCUUCUACCUGCCAAGAAGAAACCCAACACGGAAAUUCCAGUGAAGAUACCUGCGGCCCAAUAUACGUCUUUGGUCUCUAGUGCUAGACCCAGGCAGACCAUUAUACCACAGUCCGAUAGUCAGGCAACAAUGGGUAGAGAAGAGCUGAGGGGUUACAUGCCCCAGGGUAAAGAGGAACAAGUGGGUGACGAUGCAGCGUUCAGUUGGGAAGAUGGAAGAGAGCUGGCGGGCAGGGAGAUAUCUGUCACACCGUCAGCAGGUACCGCAAGUUUCAGAUGGCCAGGAGUAGAGUCAGUGAUGGAAGCAUACCGACGGCACAUGGAGGAGCAAAACCAAGAGAGAGCAUUCCUGUUGGAUCAUUGCCUGAAAGUGCGUGGGAAUAAUGCGGAGCUGGCUGACACUACAGAAAAACUCACACUGCAGCUGUCAGCUCUGAGGCACACGAAGCAGAAGAUAGAUGAGGAUAGAGCAUGUCGACAGGCAGCUCUUGACAACCUGAAAAAGACGAUGAAACUGCUCCGGUGAUCCGACUGAUUGCAUCUGUCGCUGGGCUCGACGCUCGCUCUGCUCCUCGCUGCGUGGGGCAAAACAAGAGACAUGCUCGGCAUCGUCAGUCGAUCACAUGGUCCACGUUCGCCCAAGCAGACGAAAAACCCCAGAGUACACCUCCAGAUUUCCGCCAGCGGGAAACCGUGUCCCACGGAGAGAGGGCUCUGCUACCGACUGGGUCUUUGCACCAUGGAAUGCAGAUCAGGCACGAAUCGAGGCAAUAGAAAAGCGGGUGCCGUGUAAGAAGACCUGGCGAUUGCCCCUAGGGGGCUCUGCAUACAAGGGAAACUACAGGCGGG